AUUAUUUUGAAUUUAUUGUUUGAAAUUUAGUUGGGAAAAUACAUACGAUCGAAUUUGAAUAUUUCCACUUUAAUUGUUGCUUAUGAUAAUUUGAAACUGGUAUGGGUGACUACAAACAACUUAAUAAGGAGUUGAUCGAUGCAAAUCGAGAGUUAAAACAAACCAUUGCCACUUAUCAAAAUGAACUGGUAUUACUGCGUGCCGAGAUUAUGGAACAGCAACGCUUGCGUGUUGAGCAACAACAAGAAUGGCGCGAAAGAGUUAUUUCAAUGCUUUCACAUAAUUUUGUAACCACUCUACAUGACAUUGAUGCUAAUGUAAAUAUAGCAGAAAUUUUGGGCUACUGCAAUUUGCCGUCAAUUGCUGUUGGAGUAAGUGGGAAAAGUGACAGCUCUGGGCAGUCUAGAAGUUCACAACUCGUCAGAGAAUUCCGACGUUCAAGCAUUAUAUGUCGUCAGAAUAAUGUACGUAUGUCACCAACAAGACGGCCACAAGACGACAAUGCUAUAGCUGAACAAACCGAAUACAGCAAAUUGGAUGAGACCAGCGGUAGCGAUAUGGAUUUAGACAACUCAGUAGAUGGUGUAGGAAAUAUUAUAGAUGUUGAAAAUGAUGAGAACGAAGAAAACGAGGAGUUACAUUGUAUAAGAGAAGCUAAUGAAGAAGAAGAAGAGGAGGAGGAGGGGGAGGAUGAUGAUGAUGAUGAUAGAAAUACGGCUACUUUAGUUGAAAAACAUAAAAGGAAACCGAUAAGAGAUCUUACAAAUAUUGUUUCAAAUGAAAUUGGCGAAAAGGGACAUUUUGUCACAAAACGUGGUAAACAGCGUGACCUACGCAAUGAUAAAGAAGACUCUAUACAAGCAGUACGUGAUGUUGGUCACGAUUACAGACAAAGUAUUUAUCAUCCUUGUGACAUUGAAGUGGAAAAUGAUUUAGUUAACACAAUCCGUAAUACGUUAUAUUUUUCACAUAACGACUAUGAUGAAUCUGUAACGAAUAUAGCUGAACUAAAUAAGCUGAACAGCGAGGAUAAAGAUCAAAUCAAAAAGCGCGUUGUGGUGAGAGUACAACGCUUACAUGAACCACCACAGCCAGUACAACACUUUCAGACUACAAAACAAACAACAACACCAAAAAAAUAUGAAAACGCCAAUGAUAGUAAACGGAUUGACGACUUAAGCUUGGGCAUAACACAAUUCUCAAUGGGAAAUUUCCUCGAAGCUUCCUGUAGUACGCCAUGCCACAAUGAAAAGCCAACAUCUGCAGAUGGUAUGACUGAGAAUAAAACGAAUGCAACUACAUUGAGCACAACGGCGUCGCAAACGCAGGAAAUCAACCAAAGUAUGCGUCCACAACGUAGAUGUGCGCCAAAAAAUUUAGUCGAACCGAACUUGAUUUCGAAACAGCGUAGCGAAUUUGGCAAAAGGAGAGGGAAAAAACUAAAAUAGCAAAUUUGUUAAAUAUUUUCAAUUACCAUCGGUAAGAUAUGCACUUUUUCUUUUUUUUUUGUGUAUAUCGCGGCGUGUGGUUAAAAAAAAAUUAUUUAAAUAUGCCGGUAAAUUUUAGACUGAUUAAUAAUUUAAUCAACGUAUAAUUGAUUUCUUAAAACUUUCAUCCAAAUAGUCCAUUUAAUACGAUUGAUUAUAGCUAUCAAUUAAUUAUAUGGUAAGAGUCCAGGGUGUGAUUGGUCAACAAAAAAAAAAAAAAUAAUAAUAAUAAAUUUAUUAAUCAUAGGUUUCUAAUGCCGUUAGUAAACUAUUUCAUGUAUUUGUAGUUUUUAAUUUAUUUUCGCAUUCGAUUUGUUGUAAUAAACAUUUUAUACGAAUAAAAGACUGUUACUGUUAAUGUACAGCACGCAAGUAAUAAACAAAAUACUUAAUGCAAAUA